AUGGUCUCUCUGGCGGCUAGGCACGCCUCCGGAGCCGUGACGGAUCUCUCGGCCGGUCGAUUCUCGGGCGAGGCGCUGGAGCUGGAGGAGCCCGUCGCAGCCGGCAAUGUCGCGAGAGCGCCCGCUGCUGCUGCAUUGCCGCAUGCCGUUUCCAGCAAGAGCCUGCUCGCCAAGAUCGGGCUAGGAGGCUAUGCGAGACGGACGCUGGGUAUCUGCCUGCUGAUUGUCGUCGUCUUCCUCUGGACGCUGUCCAACUUUUUAGCGAGCUUUAUUUUCUCCGAUCACACCUACGAUAAGCCCUUCUUCCUCGUCUACGUUAACACAUCGAUGUUCGCUAUAUCCCUGAUACCCAUGUUUGUGCGCUACAUGGUGAAGAAUGGAAUCAGUGGUCUGCGCACCGACCUGAUCCAGCUAUGGCACCAGCGCAGUAACCGCAGCGCUCACUUGAGCACGGUCAAGGACGAAGAACAAGACGCGGUCGAUGGCGAGCGCCUGCUAGCCAACCAAGAUGGAGAGACUGGUGUCCCGGCCCCCUUCUCAAGUGAUACGGCGCCUGACAAGUUGACCUUUGCCGACACGGCCUACCUCAGUCUCGAGUUUUGCAUGCUCUGGUUUCUCGCCAACUACUUUGCCUCAGCGUGUCUCGAAUACACGAGCGUGGCAAGCGUCACUAUUCUCACGUCAACAUCGAGCAUCUGGACGCUCGUCUUCUGCGCGAUCUUCGAGGUGGAGUCGUUUUCGCUGCGUAAGCUCUUUGGCGUCUUGGCGUCGCUGAUUGGUAUUGUCCUGAUCUCGACGGUAGACCUCACAGGCAGCAGUGAUGAGCAUCGAGGCUCAUUUCCACACAAGACUACGGGCCAAAUUGCGAUUGGUGACUCGAUGGCUCUCAUCAGCGCUGUCGUCUACGGCAUGUAUGUGACGGUCAUGAAGAGGAGGGUUGGAGAUGAAGACAAAGUCGACAUGAGAUUGUUCUUUGGCUUAGUUGGCGUUUUCAAUAUGCUGUUCUUGUGGCCACUUUUUUUUGUGUUCCAUUGGACAGGCAUCGAGCCGUUUCAAUUACCUCCUACUGGAAAGAUCUGGGCCAUUAUCCUAGCCAACUCGCUUUCCUCUUUUGUUAGUGACAUUUUCUGGGCAUUCGCCAUGCUCUUGACCACGCCCCUCAUCGUCACUGUUGGCCUAUCGCUGACCAUACCCCUGUCGCUGAUCGGUGAAAUGAUUCAAUACGGUCAGUACUCCAGCUUCGUGUACUGGAUCGGUGCGGCCGUUGUAUUCUUGUCUUUUGUGUUUGUCAGCAACGAGAGUCAGGGCGAGGAGAAGGAGGAAACGGGACUGAGCAAGUUGUCGCCUGUGCCAUGCGAGACUUUGGCAUGUCCGAAGCAUAAAAACGGGAAGGCGCAUUCUAGCGUAGCGAGACGAGGCCGCGGCUCCUAUGCAAUUGAUGUCUAG